AGUGGUGCACAACACGGCACGUCAUACAGAAUGCAGUGUGGCGAUGAGAAAAUAAAAUAGAAUGUUGUUCGUCUAACAACGAACAUAACGGUCUUUGUAGUUCGAAACCAAAAGAGAUGCUGCUAUCCAAUCCUGCUUUUGCAGUGUCUUCAACCCCACAUCGGAUGGUUUUUCAGUCCAGAAGCCAUUGGACUGAAGCAGAAGCCAACGCAAAUGCGGUUAUAAAAGGGAAAAUUGGUUUGCACCAAAUAGUAGGUUCUAGAAGGAAUCUCAAGUUUAUAAGUCGUUCAGUUUCUGAGGGGGAAGCCUUGACUGAAUAUGAUACUCCAUUCCCCAAUGAUUACAUUGACCUUCUUAAACAAGCAAAAAGGGCAACAGAAUUGGCUUUGAAGGAUGGCAAACAGUUGAUGGAGAUUGAAUUCCCAACAGCUGGACUUGGAUCUGUACCAGGUGACGGUGAAGGAGGAAAUGAAAUGACUGGAAGUAUGCAGUUGAUUCGUGAAUUUUGUGACAUUUUGGUAGCUCCAGAGAAAGUUACACGAACCAGAAUAUUUUUCCCAGAGGCAAAUGAAGUUAAAUUUGCAAGACAAGUGUUUGAAGGAGCUUCUUUCAAAUUAGAUUAUCUAACAAAACCAUCCUUCUUCGAGGAUUUCGGUUUUGGUGAGAAAGUGAAAAUGGCAGACAGGGUAAAGCCAGGGGAUGAACUGUUCCUUGUUGGUUAUCCUUAUUUUAACGUCAAUGAAAUGAUUGUGGUGGAAGAGCUUUACAAGGAAGCUGUAAUGAACACCAACAGGAAAAUGAUUAUAUUCAAUGGAGAACUCGACCGUAUCAGAUCUGGAUAUUAUCCAUCUUUUUUCUAUCCUAAGCUGGCAGCACUGACCAAAUCCCUCCUGCCCAUGAUGGAGACUGUAUAUUACAUACAUAACUUCAAGGGACGAAAUGGAGGGACACUUUUCAGGUGCUAUCCAGGUCCUUGGAGAGUGCUUAGAAGGAUGGGGAAUAAGUACUUUUGUGUGCACCAGCAGGAGAAAAUGCCAUCCCUCAAGGAAGUUGCUUUGGAUAUUCUCCCUGCUGCUUGAGAUUUGGGAAUUUCAUGCUUACCAUGUGGCAUCAAUUACACCCUCCACCAGCUAUUACCACCAGAUUCCAUCACUACACGUAUCCCUCCAGCAAGCAUAGCAUGAUGUAAAUAUGACGGUGAAAAUGUUCAAUAAAUUAAUUUCUUUUCUGGAAGAGGAAAACAGUUGAAAACUUCAUUUUGGGAAAUAACAGCAGCCUCAUCUAGCCUCCCUACUGGCUACUGGUUAUUAAUAAACAUCAUUCGUUCAGGUAAUAA